AUGGAGUGCAGCUCAAUGAUUCUCGAGGUCGUUACCCACAGACAACUGGCCACAAAUGUGAGAAAGCUUCAAAUGUCUGCAUAUCGCUACGGCCCCUCAUGGACAAAACCACUGGCCAUCGAGUCUUUGGAUUGGCUGCAUCUUUUAGCACAGGGUUCAACCCUCGGCGUGGCUUGUCCGAAGAGUGGAUUCGACCAAGAGGAAUACGAACUCCAGCCAACUUCUCGACCAGGGGCACAAUCACGAGAUAGCUCGAUACUUAGGCACCAGGGGCCAGCCAGGCAACAUUGGAGGAAUUUCGGAACAAGCCGUCGAAGUCUGUUUGAUCUAGUGGCAUAA